CCAUUCACUCCACAACUCCCAUCCCUUGCUUCUACUUCCACUGCUCUUACUACUACUAGUACUAGUAUAGCCACAAUGGCUAAGAACACAAAGCUUUUGGUUCUUGGCUUCAUACUUCUCCUAGCCAUAGGUCUGUCCUCUGCAGCGAGGACUUUGAGUGAGGGUUACACGUCUGGUGGAGGUGGAGGAGGUGAAGGUGGAGGAGGAGGUGGAGGUGAAGGUGGUGGUGGAUCUGGCUAUGGAUCUGGGUCUGGAUCUGGGUCUGGGGGUGGUGAAGGUGGAGGAGGAUAUGGGAAAGGAGGUGGUGGUGGAGGUGGAGGUGGACAAGGUGGUGGUGGUGGAUCAGGAUCAGGCUCAGGAUCUGGAUAUGGGUCUGGGUCAGGAUCAGGAUAUGGAUCAGGUGGUGGGGGUGGUAAAGGUGGUGGUGGUGGUGGUGGUUCUGGCGGAGGACAUGGUGGUGGUGGUUCUGGUGGGGGACAAGGUGGUGGAUCCGGAUAUGGGUCUGGGUCUGGUUCUGGUGGAGGACAAGGAGGUGGUGGAGGACAUGGAGGUGGUGGUGGAGGUGGAGGAGGACAUGGAGGUGGUGGUGGAGGAGGAGCAGGAUCUGGUUCAGGGUCUGGAUAUGGUGAAGGUGGUGGAUAUGGGAGUGGAGGUGGACAUGGACGUCCUUAGAGGAAGGAGAGUAGGUCCAUGGAUGAGGACAAGCUCCAUGGAUUGAUAUGUUGAGCAGUAGUGUUUGUGUGAUAUGAUAUUAUUAAUUAUAAGAGCAUCAUUAUGUAGUAUGAGAAAUAAAGACUACUGCUUUUAUGCUUUAUAUAUUAUGCAGUAUUUGAGAAAUAAAACUAGUGCUUCUAUGCAUGCUUUUCGUA